AUGAGACUUCACCUGUGCUUGCUCAGUGUCCUAGGCAUGCUGGUGGUGGGGUUGCACGCUACAGACUUAACCGCUUUCCCAUCCUGUGCUAUAACCUGCGAUGAGAAUUUAUUUUCAACUUGCUCACUCAGCACGAAUACGACUUGCUUCUGUGCUAGCGACUCACGCGUCACUACUUACCUUGACGCAGUCGAGAGCAACUGCACAGUGAAAGAAUUUUUUACUACAAAACGGCUCUAUCAAAAAGAAUGUGACAUCACUCCGCUCCAGAGGCCUCCGGUGGUCAACCCCUCGACGUUGAUCCCUUUCAUUCUUGCCACAGUUUUCUUCGCCGCCAGAAUCUUUGCCAAGAGCAGUGGGCUUGCAGGUGGAUGGGGAUUGGACGAUUAUACUAUUAUCAUUGCAUAUGUCCUCGGUACCGCAAUCUAUUUCAUCGGCAUGCAGAUGAUUCGUUUUGGCUUUGGCGCCAAUAUCUGGGAUAUCACACCGCAAAAUGACAUAACUCUCAUUUACAAGUUGUUUCAAGGUCUCGCCGUGAUGUAUAAGAUACAAAUAUCUCUGGCGAAGAUCAGCGUUAUUUUGUUCUUAUUGCGCAUUUUCCAGGCACCCAACUUCCGCUAUCUUUCAUACGCCCUGAUCGCCAUUAAUACCGCCAUUGGAAUCACUUGGGCAUGUGUCGAUUCAUUCCGUUGUCUUCCUAUCCAUUUGACAUGGGACGGCUGGACGGGAGAGGAAAGUGGGAAGUGCAUUAACUUCAUCGACUCAAUCCUCGUGAACUGCCUUGUUAACAUCUUCGUCGACUCUGUGCUGAUCAUGAUGCCUGUCUAUGAAGUGAGCAAGCUGCAGAUGCCUCUGCGGAAGAAACUCACCGUGGCGUUGAUGUUUAUCGUUGGUUCAGUCCUUACCAUCAUUGCCAUUAUCCGAGUCGUCGUCUUCUGGAACAAUCGCUGGGGCUACAACCAAACCAAAGGUCUCUACCCGCUCAUCUAUUGGUCUGUCAUCGAAUGCCAGAUCUCCGUCAUGUGUGCUUGCUUGCCUGCAUCCAGGGCUCUUCUUGGCCGCUGGUUCCCCGAAAUCAUGGGUGGCUCCUCUCGACGAACAUAUGCCUCUGGGCCGGAGUAUUUUAACACAGACGGAUAUGCACGUCAGGACAGCAAGAUUAACAAGUCUGUCAGCUACACCGUGAACUAUGGAGAUAGGUCGGAGCACGGUGACUCCAACAGUGAUGUGGAGUUGGUAGUAACUAACGGAAAAGUGACUCGCCGGUAG